AUGAACAAGCUCUCCAUCUUCAUCCUCUUGAUCGCGCUCGUCGUCGGAGCCAACGCAAUACCGACCACAAAUUUGCCGGUACGUUUUUGGGCACCUUUUCAAGACAAUCUCAUGAUUUUCAGUGCAUGAGCGCGGUGGUCCGUCGCGUCGAUCAGGUCUGCAAGGGCAGAAAAAUCGAAGAUCGUCCGUCCGCUUCCCCUGCGUCGAGAAUAAUGAGGUCCUGUUGCGAGUACGGAUGCGCGAAUGAAGACUUGGAAAAACACUUUUGUAGCACAAAUCCCAAGACCAUCUUCGACAUUCUCAAGCAUUUACUAGAACUCGCGUAG